AUGAUUGCCUUAGCCACAGUGUACUUGUUCUUCGCUCUCAUUCGCGCGGAGUCGAAUCAAUGGGGCUCUCGCGUGAUAGGAGAAAAGUAUGGGAGCUCUGGACCGAUGGUUUUUCGACUGAAUGGAGUCGCGGAGAUAGAAGCAUAUGAUCAUUCCGGAAAGAAAAUGGGGAAUGUGGAGGUCAUCGAUGGACGCUGUUCUUUGGCUGGAAGAACUAUUGGCUCACCGUGCACCAACAAAGAUGGUGAUGUUAGUCUCACUAUGAAUGAAGUGCGUGCUCAGUGGAAGCUUAUAGUGAAAGGUAAAACCGAACCUGAUCAAGCAUACACGGUCCUCUUCGUUCCAGACUUCAAAUUUCCUAUCCCAAAAAAAGGUUACACAGUCCCAAGUAUUUCAGUGCCCUUAACACGUUUUGCAAAUGGGAAAGACGAGAUCUACAUAAAGUUUGCGGUGCAAGGAAUAGACAACACAACACAAGCUAAAAUGGAGUAUGAAGGCUGGGACGCGUGUGUAUGGAGUGGGCCUUAUUUAGUCGCGGAGUAUUAUCCCUACUUUUGCCAACCGUUGGACCUGGAUUGGGAUACCGACACCAUGAUUUUUGGGGGAUUCUUUCCCAGGAUGUAUGCUGACUACUCUGUAAUAAAUUUCACUGCUGCGGACACCCUUACAGUUACUGUGGAUUGGGGAGAGGCGGCCGAACAUGUUCGUAAGUUUUCUUAG